CACACUUCUGAGGAGGUCACGGCUCCGGCAGCACCUCUCUCUCUCUCCGCCUGCUCUCAUCGGCUUUAGAGCCCCACACUUGGAGCUUAUUUGUUUGUUUUUUUAUUGUUUAUGUUCGUGGGUGAACCGUAUAAAAAUGCUUUGACCGAGAAAUGGAGCGGAGUGUUGCGGGGAAACGAGGCGACGACGCGGCGGAGAAAGUAGAGGCGACUCGGGGAGCUACAGGGCCAGGAGCAUGACUGAGCAGCAGGAGCAGAGCGAAGAAACAGGCCUGAUCGCAACACAGGACCUGGACCACUCCAAGGACGACGACACACACGGACACUUCAGGUUUCAGCUGAUUGAAGACCUGUCCUAUGAAGAUGUGAAGAAAUGUUACCGGGGCUCGACUGUCAGCAAGUACAACUCGCAGUACCACAAACUGUUCCAGUGUGUGCCCAAGGAUGAGAUCCUCAUGAAAGUGUACUCCUGUGCUCUUCUCAGAGAUAUUCUUCUACAAGGCCGGCUCUACAUUUCCAGAAACUGGCUGUGUUUCUAUGCCAACCUAUUCGGCAAGGACAUCAAGGUGGCUAUCCCUGUCGUUUCUGUGAGGCUGGUGAAGAAGCACAAAACGGCGGGCCUUGUGCCCAAUGGCUUGGCUAUCACCACAGACACCGGCCAGAAGUAUGUAUUUGUAUCUCUGCUAUCAAGAGACAGUGUAUAUGACGUCCUCCGCAGGAUCUGCACACACCUUCAGGUCAAUGGGAAGAGUCUGAGCUUGAAGCAGUUCAUGGAGGAGCCGACCUUAUCGCUGGACGAGUACCCAGUUCCAGACGAGUUCCCAGUGGUUGAUGAAUUCCCAUCAGUGUUAAAGUGGAGAAGGAAACCCUCUGUGGUGUCUGUGUCGUCCUCCCUUCCUGACCUCCUGGGGAACUCCACCAGCAGCCUGAGCCCCCCGGACACACCCUUCAAAUCAGAACAGCCGCUGGAAGAGCGAGCUCUGCAAACAGACAGAGGUCUUUUAUCAGAGCCACUGGCAGAGCUGGGCCAGAUGGAGUACCAGCUGCUCAAGUUCUUCACCCUGCUUAUUAUCCUCCUCAUCCUGUCAUCCUGCUACCUGGCCUUUCGUGUGUGCAGUCUGGAGCAGCAGUUGUCUUUCCUCAGUAACCCAAAUCUGCCUCUGAGAGAGAGGUAACCACUGCUCUCCGCUGUGAAACAUCGGAUUGACGACUGUUUUCUCUUCUCAUGCUUUGAGCUGAUGAUGCCCAUCCUGCACAGAUCCAGGACCAGCAUUAGAGCCCCGAAAAGAUCAACCAACAUGAGAGGAACAACAUCAGCCCGAGCCCAGGCAUCUGACAGACCUUCCCCUCUGCAAAAUGACUUCCUGUCUAGUGAUCACUUCCAGACUAUGCAAACAGACUAUUUAUUUCUGAAUUUAAAGUAGCUUCUACUGUAGAUUAUGAUUGUCUACCAUUGCCUUUCCCUCUCACAGACAUUUCAUCUUUUAUCACACAACUCUGCAGCGUAAAUCUAUCUAAAAGAUAUUAGAAUAGUGAGCAGAUUGCAGUUGAAGCUGCACUGAUGACGUUUAGGGGUGGUGGUUGAGACUAGAGGCGAGGAUGGAAAGGUAAGAGAUAAUCCAACACAUUAAUUACUUGAAAAGACGCAUAGAAAAAAUAUAUUUCAGGUGAGUUUUGGUUUUAAUAUCAAACAUUUCUGACUGACAAGUUGACUAAACCAAAUGUUUGUUUGUCUUUCUGGUGAGAACUUUCCAUAGCCAUCAGUAGACGGCUAAAACAAACUACAACAAAAUGCACUUUUUUAAAAUAUAUGUCCACAUUAUUUCAAAUGUAUGUAACUGUUUUAAGAGUUUAGAACUAUUAUUCUUGAUAAUAGGUACUCAGUUGUCAUUUUUGAGGGUUUUUAUGGAAGGAAGUAGUGUUAUGACCGCAGACACUUGACUGAUUGAAGUCAUUUAACUGUAAUAUACUGAAGCGAUAACACCACUUGUGGGAGUUUAUCAAUAAUGUGAAUGAGAUGGUUCGGUGACAUCAUUUCAGUUUUAGUUGUAAUAAUCUGCUGUAUGAAAGGAGUUCACAGGAUGUUUUUAUUUUAUUUUAUACAUUUUAAUUGAAGUCACCAAAGACUUAAAAAAGACACAGUGAGGUUCAUGUGAUUAUAUCUUUGUCUCAAGAUAUAUGCAAUGAUUUUGCGGACAUGGGUGGAAUGUAGUCCUAGACUAGUCCUUGUGAAUUAAAUUGGCAAGAAAAUGUAGAUGAACAAAAAGUGUUUGAGACUUUUAUUUUAUCAUAUUGGCGCUUCACACGGGACCACCAUGAAAAGCUGAGACUCCGACAGCACAGUAAAAAUUAGGUAACCUCUUCAACUCACCCUGAAUUAUUGAAGCUGGAACGCAAUGUUGGCAGAAGCACUUAAAGCUUAAUACAUCACAUAUGGAGCGUUGGCUGUUCACCAGUUGCAUUUAAUAACUCUUUACAAUGUUUUCAUGGAUUAAAUGUGUAUAUUUUAUAAAAUAUCAGCCGUUCAGAAGCUUCAAAAACUAAGCUUGACUUAAAUCAAGGAAUGCAUGAAAACAGAUAAACAGUUGACAUUAUCUGACUGUUCGGGUUUUCAAAAGGCUCCAUAAACUCAAGAAGCUGGAGAGUUUUCUAAAUCCACCGAGAAACCAUGUGACCCUUAAACUGAAAUGAAGC